AUGUCGUGGAACGAAUAUCCAGGUCAAGGUCACCACCAACACCCACCUCAUCAUCAUCACAACGGUGGUCCGCCUCCGCCUCCUUGGGCCGGUAGUCCAGCACCACCUCAACCUUAUGGCUAUGCUCCUCAAUAUCAACAAGGUCCACCGCCACCGCCUCUACCUCAGUAUCAGUCAGGAGGUUAUCAACAGGGCGGAUACAUGCCUCCAACUGGCCAACAGCCACCUUCUCACUAUCACCAGACUGGUGCGGGCUACAUGCCUCCUAACAACGAUGCAAGAGCAUACUCAUCUUACGGCGCUGUCCCUGGUCGACCUCCGACCCAGAUGCAACAUUAUGGACCUCAGAUGCAAGGUCAGGGUGGCCAGCAAUACCAACCUUACUUCCAAUACUCCCAGUGUACAGGUAGGAGGAAAGCUCUUUGCAUCGGCAUAAACUAUAUUGGGACCAGUCAGGAACUACGGGGCUGCAUCAAUGAUGCUAGAAACGUGCAAAGAUUCAUCAUGCAGAAUUUCGGAUACAAAGCUGAUGACAUUGUCAUGUUGACGGACGAUGCUGCCAAUCCACGUCAGAUCCCUACGAGAGCCAACAUGAUUCAAGCGAUGCAAUGGUUGGUCAAUGGCGCUCAACCAAACGAUGCCCUAUUCUUUCACUACUCAGGACAUGGAGGGCAAACCAAAGACCUGGAUGGGGACGAAGAUGAUGGAUACGACGAGGUAAUCUACCCGCUUGAUUACAAGCAAUCCGGACAGAUCGUUGAUGAUGAAUACUCUUGGCUGAUGGUCGUAAGACACGCUUUGAUGGUACGACCACUGCCAGCCGGUUGUCGACUUACGGCUAUCUUUGAUUCUUGUCAUUCUGGAUCGUGUCUCGAUUUACCAUACAUCUAUUCGACCGAAGGGAAGAUCAAAGAACCAAAUCUUCUCGCGGAAGCUGGUCAAGGUCUACUCAGCGCUUCUGUGAAUUACUUGAGGGGAGACAGUGGUGCACUGCUCAAAGGUCUCAUGGGGAUCGGCAAGACCGUUUUGAGCAACAACUCUGGGGCGGCAGAUAAGACCAAGCAAACUCGCACCUCCCCCGCUGACGUAAUAAUGUGGUCGGGCUGCAAAGACUCGCAAACCAGUGCAGAUACUCAAGAAGCCGGGAAGGCUACGGGAGCCAUGUCUUUCGCAUUCAUAGCCGCUCUUACUAAAGUGCCGCAGCAGAGCUAUCUCCAGUUGUUGAAUUCGAUCCGAGAUGAGCUGCGAGGACGAUACGAUCAAAAGCCGCAAUUAUCGGCGAGUCAUCCAAUUGACACGAAUCUUCUAUUCAUUGCUUGA